GAGAGAGAGAGAGCUCUGAAGCUUCAAUGGCGGCAAACUCGGGCUUCCAGCUGUUCUCUUCAUCCGGCGAUUUGGCCAAUCUGGGGUUAGGGUUCGCCGGCGAUUCUCCACCGGAGGCUCCUCAUCCGCCCCCUCCUUGCGUCGAAGUGCUUCCCUCGGAGGUUUCGGAGAAUGUCAAGUUCACCGGGAGCCUGUCCAUCUGGGAGAACUCACGCUGCUCAAGGGCCGGGUCAGCACCCAAGAGGUCUUUUCCUUGUCGAAUUCGGACUUGGUGCCCGGGAAAUAUGAAGGAGGAUUGAAGCUAUGGGAAGGUUCGAUGGAUUUGGUUAAAGCCCUCCAGUCAGAAAUAAAAGCUGGGAAUUUAUCAUUUAGUGGAAAGAGAGUGCUAGAGCUUGGAUGCGGUCAUGGACUUCCAGCAAUUUUUGCAUCCCUUGAGGGUGCUCCUACUGUUCACCUACAAGACUUCAAUGCAGAGGUGCUGCGAUGUCUAACCAUUCCAAACAUGGAUGUGAAUUUGAAGAAAUCCCAAGCUCCUGAAUGUAGCCUAGCAGAUAGAGAUAUUCGUUUCUUUGGUGGUGACUGGAAAGACGUCCAUCACAUUCUUCCACACAUAAAAGAUAAUGAAGAGGACUCAAAUAGAGAUAAUGGCUUGGCCUCAGGGGGUUAUGAUGUUAUAUUAAUGGCCGAGACUGUGUAUUCAAUCUCCUCUCUCCAAAAUCUGUAUGAACUUAUAAAGAAGUGCAUGAGUCAUCCUCAUGGAGUUGCAUACAUGGCUGGUAAGAAGCAUUACUUUGGAGUUGGAGGGGGAACACGGAGAUUUCUGUCUCUGUUGGAGAAAGAUGGCAUAAUGGCAAGCAGCAUAGUUGCUGAAGUGGCUGAUGGUUCGUCCAACCUUCGGGAGAUUUGGAGGCUUUCAUUCAAGUAAACUUUGUUCCAAGUCAACUAUAAAAGAUGAAAAUCCACAUCUACAGAAAGAGAAGGAUAAUGUGACUUAUCCUACAAUGUCUCAUUCCAUUAGGUAAAUUUUAAUCCUCGAUGCCAUAGUUGUUUCUAGUUUCUUAUCUCAUUACUCAUGGUGUGGAGUAUGACAUUACUUGAGGAACUUCUGGAAACAUGGCUUACAAUGCGAUGAUCAAAAGCUGAGGUUGGAAUUCUCUCAAUGCUUUUCUCAACGUUUAAUAUUGUACUUCAUUGAUUGAAGUUAUGAUGGUUUUCUGGGUAUGGCACCAAAAUUUACUCU